UACCAGAACUAGAAUUCUUCUUGAUGGUGUAAGAUUUAACGUGACCAGGAAUUUAAAUGUAGCGUCUUCACCCUUUUCUGCGAGAUGUUCCCCCCAGAUAACACGAAUAUCAGGAAUUGCGCCUCGCUAUAUGACUUCAUCUGCUGGAAUUUCAGUGGAUGAUAAGGUGUGGAAAUUGGGUCGCCUAAAUCAUGUAGCCGUAGCCGUACCAGAUCUUAAAAAGGCCAUCGGUUUCUAUAAGAAUGUUUUAGGGGCACAGGAGGUUAGCGAUGCGGUGCCGCAACCGGAGCAUGGAGUAUACACAGUUUUCGUGAAUCUUGGUAACACAAAAAUUGAACUUUUGCACCCAUAUGGCAUGUUUUAUGUAAAUUCUUUUGGUGCAAUGUUUCGAUUUGCAUGCAUUUACGUGCUUUGUGAUUUACUGUACACAAAAAAGGUUAACGAUGUUAAAGCGGCCGUGGAAGAUUUGGUUUCAAAGGAAAUUAGGGUUUUGGAUCCCGAACCAAAAAUUGGUGCGCAUGGUAAUCCCGUUGUAUUUUUACAUCCGAGAGAUUGUGGUGGCGUUUUAGUUGAAUUGGAAGAGGUUAAAUGA